AUGAGUGACUGUUCUGAUAAACCUUCUGCUGUUGCGACUCCAAGUGCUCUCGAUCUUCUGUCAAACAAUGGCAAGUCGUCGUCCUCUAUAACUUCUUGUCCUUCAUCAUCACAUCCCAAUCGUCUCAUGGAGUUUGAAGACAAAGACAUUACGAUGCGUUUUGUAAUGCAGCAUGCGAUCGAGUCUAACAUCCGCACGAAUUCAUUGCAAUUUGAUCCUCGUGAAUUUUAUCGUCGACCCGAUGCAUGUACGAUGAAACUUCUCACUCCGCAGAUUCUCAAUGAAGUUGAAAAAGAACUAGUAAAAGGCUUAAGCGAGGGACUUUAUCGUAUGGUGAUAAAUAACGGUGCAAGCUCAUCGUUCAAUGCAGCUCAGUUCAAAAACUCCAAUAUGAAGCAGAGUGAGCUCAGUCCAGCCACCAUCGAGGCGGCUCUCACACAUAUCGUCGAGCAUCUGGAUCAGCAUACUAAUUUGAUUACAGCUUUGGGUGAAGGCAAAAUUGGCUACCACGACAAAGGUGCAAUGCUCAAUGAUAUGGGCGUGCGAAUGUUUGUCAUCAAAGGACAAGAAAAAGCUAAUAAUGCAAAGUAG